AUGAUAAGGAAUGAAGAUGUUGAAGAAUUAAAGGAAGUUGGUUUGGUUUUGUACAAGAGCAAGUUGGUAAGAGUCCCAUAUCGACCCUUUUUGCCUAAAUUGAAUGUUUGCAUGCUUGGAGAUGCCCAACAUGUUGAAGAGGCUCAAAAGAUUGGGCUUAGAUACAUGGAUGUUGAAGGGCUCAAGAAGCUGAACAAGAUUCAUUUUCUAUUACUAGACCAUAGUGGCCUUCUUCACUUGCUUGUCAUAUCCCAUGAGAAAGAAAAAGUCACUGAACUUAAAAUUGAGUUUCUAGGGGAAACUUCUACAGCAUCAACUAUAUCAUAUCUUGAUAAUGCAUUUGUGCAUGUUGGCUCAAGUUAUGGAGAUUCCCAGAUAGCAGGAAUAGUUCUCAUUUCUAUUGAAGUGAAUGAUUGUUCAGAAUAG